AUGGAUCGGUACAAGAAGAAAAAGAAAAUAAGUGCUAUUCUAAUGUUUUUAGUUUUGAAAUCACAGUAUGAAAAAGAGAAUAAGAUACUUCCAGAAAAAAGAAUGUGGAUUAAAUCGUGGAAAACUCGAAGGAAACAGCAAGGUUGUUUUCAUAACCUUUUUAUGGAGUUACAAUUAGAAGAUCCAGAGAAAUAUCGAAGAUGUCUUCGUAUGACUGCAGAUAUAUUUGAAGAUCUUGUGGAAAAAUUGAGCCUACUAAUUAAAAGACAAGAUACUCAUCUCCGAGAAAGUAUUUCACCUGCAGAAAGGCUUGUUGUGACAUUACGUCAUUUGGCAACAGGCGAAACUCAAGAAUCAUUAUCUUACAGUUUUCGUCUUGGACAAAGUACUAUAUCUGGGAUUAUAAAGGACACUUGUCGCGCCCUCAUUUCUGUUUUGCAAGAAAAACAUCUUAAAUUUCCCGACAGUGAAUUGGCUAGGAAAGUAAUUGCCCAUGAUUAUAUGGAUAGAUGGAAUUUUCCAAAUUGCUUGGGUGCCAUGGAUGGCAAACAUUGUUUGAUAGAUCCUCCACUUCAGUCUGGUUCUUCAUAUUUUAAUUACAAGGAAAAGUUCAGUAUUGUUCUUUUGGGGCUUGUGGAUGCUGAACUCAGAUUUAUAUUUGUUGAUGUGGGCACAAAUGGACGA